AUGGAUCUCGCCCGAACGCUGGUGCGCUCCGUCGUGCGCGCCUUCUACGACACCAAGCACAUACUGGUCGUGGACGCGCUCGUCAUUCACUCGGCUCUGCGCGACGACGACUUGGCCUACCUCAUGAACAUGAACACAAAGGACCUGCACAAGCUGUGCGGACGCCUCAAGGAGGACCGGUUCCUGACGGUGCACACGCGCCCGGAGCUCAAGGAGGGCCAGCAACGGCCCGUGAACCGCAUGUACUACUUUAUCGACUACCGCCAGACCAUCGACGCCAUAAAAUGGCGCGUCUACACGGUCGACAAGCAGAUGCAGGGUGUCACCGUGCCGGCCGACGAGCGCAAGGAGUACUUUUGCCUGCGCGUCGGCUGCAAGAAGGAGUACUCGCUGAUGGAGGUCCUUGACAAGCCCAGCGCAAGAGGCUUCCUAUGCCACGACUGUGGUUCCGUCCUCAAGCACGAUCCCGAUGGCGGCGGUGGCGGCCACAAGCAGUCGACCCGCAUGAACGACCAGUUCAAGUUUAUCACCGGCAUGCUACCCCAGAUCGACUCGGUCGUCAUCCCUGAGUGCACCUUUGACCUAGCCUACAACGCCGCGCGCCCUGUGGUCCGCGAUGCCCUGCACAAGGUUGUGGCCAGCGUCGCUGUCGAGCCCACCCACCGCCAGGCCGCCGUCAAGGGUCUGGCUGAUACGGGCCCCAAGUCCAUCGACAUCAACCUCUUGUCGGCAAACGGGCCUUCCGAGGCCGACAAGGAGGCUGAGCGCCAGCGCAAGGCCAAGCACGCAGAACAGAACGCUCUGCCCAGCUGGAUCGCCCAGAGUACCAUCAGCGGCGACGCAUACGAGCUGGACCCCGCCAGGACCGGCGCCCUCGCCGGCGCGGUCGCCAGCACCGCCACGACAGAGACCAAGAAGGACGCGCUGGACGCAAAGGACCACGCCGAGAUCGACGACUACUUUGCCAAGCUCGCCAAGGAGCAGGAGGCCGAGGCGGCCAGGAAGGCGGCCGAGGCCGAGGAGGAGGAUGACGAAGACGACGAGGAUGAUGAGGGCAUGUUUGAGGACGUCGUCGCAGGCGGCACCCCGGCCGUGGAGACCCCCAAGUCGUCGCUGAAACGCGAGGCCUCAUCGGGCUCCGAGGGCAAACCUGCAAAGAAGGUCAAGGUUGAAGAGCCAACACCAACAGCCACCGCUGCAGCAGAUGCCGCUGGAGGCGAUGAGAGCGAUGACGAGAUUGAGUUUGAGGAUGUUUAA